AUUUGAUAGGCUGAGAAAGUGUAAAAGUGAUGUUGAUGAAUUUUUAACGAAAUGUCAAAUAAAAACUAUUACUGCAAUCGUGAAAGAUAUUUGUAGAUCAAAAUGGAUAAUAUUGAGAAUGUGUUAUAUCCAACGAUUCAAACACUGCAAUACCAAAGAACCAAAGUGACAGAAGAAUUUUUACUGAAAGCAGAAAGGAAUUUAAAAAAUUCGAUUGGCUGUGGUGAACGUUUUCAAAAUGAACUGGUGUCAAUUAAUGAACUGUUAGUUGACAUGAGGGCAGAACCGGACAUGGACAGAACAAAUAACAAUAAUGAUAUUCAAACGACCGAUGCAGUAGAUAUUAACCAUCUGAUUAAUAAAACAGAAAAUUUACUUUUACGGAUCAGAGAGCAAAUCGAUUGCACGUGCACAAACUUAACUCAGUUGAAAAAGGAGAUGAUCAUGGUCCAAGUUUCCGAGAAAAAUACAGUGCACGACACUGAUGAUGAACCCAACAAAGUUUCCGGGGAGAAUACUGAUGAACCUUUAACAAAGGAACAUGACUGGAUGGAUUCUCCUUUAGUCUUUAUGAAUCCAAGAAAAAAUAGGUUUCACCACAAAGUAUGCUGUAUUUUAUUGACAAAACCAAAUGCAGUUAUCAAGGAUGAAUGGAGCGCACAUGCAUCAGAUACAGAUGAGGACCUGGCUAAAUGUUUGGAGUCUAAUGACGAACAGAUUAUUUCCUCUCUCGUUACGCUGGAAUCAAAAGAUAGUUUAAUACUCCACACACAGUUACCAAUCCAUCUAUACUUACCAGUUAUGAGUCAUAAACCAGAACUCGUUCCUCAGUUGAAAUAUUUGGCAAACGGAAACAUUUGGCGCCGUGAAGAUGUUGUACAGAAUAUAUCAAUACCUAUAGAGCGGAAAAUUUCAUUUCUUGGCUCUGAAAUCAAAAUACCAAAUCUACAAACUCUCCAGUGUGUAGCAGUAGCAGUCCCGCCAUUUGAAGAGUUCAACAUUGGCGAGAAUGGAUCGUCCAUUACACUUCAUAAUGAUAAGAACAUAAAGCUUAACUUUCCAGCUGGUGCUUUUACUAAUGAAGCUCACGUUUCUACAAAGGUAAACGAAAAAUAUGAAAGGUUUUGA